CUCCUUAUUGGCCCUUUCCAUAGUUUUGUUCUUCUUCACUGCCAUCUCCUAAGAGCUCCCCGUUCCUCAAAAAGAAAGCGUAAGAGGUCGUGCAUGGACUCCACGAGAUCAGUCUGUGCCGCAGCCAAGAAAGAAAAAAUCGAACACAUGUUCCCGGGCAACCGGUGCCGAACUUGGACUAGAGAGCUCCAUAGGAUACUCUGUAUGCAAGGAGGAGACCACGACGGUAGCUAUGCGAAAAAUUCUGAGGCUCCUGCAUCUGCCCUCGCCUUAUGUAAGCCACUGCUUGCAGGGACCAUACGCUCGAUGGAACUUUUCCAUGGCGAACCUUCCAUUAGGAUUGCAGACUUGGGAUGUGCCACAGGACACAACACACUGUCAACAAUGGAGUUGAUAGUUCGGAGCCUGAGGCAGCGCUACGAGGAAGACUGCGAUCAUGUGCCCGAGUUCGAGGCCUUCUUCUCUGAUCUCCCAUCAAAUGAUUUCAACUCACUCUUCCGAUCGUUGGCAUCCUUCGCCGAUACCAUGAAGAGGCCAUACUAUGCGGCAGGUGUGCCUGGUUCCUUCUAUCACCGGUUGUUCUCCAAAGGGAAACUUCAUAUGGUCGUUAGCCUUAGCGCCUUGCAUUGGCUUUCUCAGAUACCGGAUGCCGUUUUAGAUAAGCAGUCACCAUCUUGGAAUGAAGGUCGAGCUUGGAUAGAUGGAGCGAAGAAGGAAGUCGUCGACGCCUAUGCAAAGCAGUCGGAAGAGGACUUGAAGGCCUUCUUGCAGUGCCGAAAAGAAGAGAUUGCGGAAGGGGGGAUUCUUUUCAUACUGAUGGCAGGGAGGCCGGACUCGCAGCAGGCAGAGAACCAGUUAGGCGAUCCAGACUCGAGAGCCAAACACCCUUUCACAACCUCCAUGGAUCAGGCAUGGGAAGACCUGUUGAAUGAGGGAUUGAUUGAUGAAGAAGCACGAGACAUGUUCAACAUCCCUGCGUACAUGAGGAGCAUAGAAGAGAUUAAGAAAGCAUUUGAUCGUUGUACCGGAUUUGAGAUCCAACAGCUAGAGUUUUUCAGAAUCAGCGAGCAUUCAAAGGAGAAACAAGAAGAAUGGAUGAGGGAUCCGGCGUCCUAUGGCCGAGCCAAAGCCAAUCUGGUACGAGCAACACUGAAACCAAUUGUUGAGGCCCACCUUGGGCAAAUCCUCUCAGAGGAGCUAUUUAAGCGGUUCGAAAAGAGGGCCGCAGAAGACAUUGCUAUGCUCCAAAAAACUUGCUUCUAUGGUGUGAUUGUUGUGUGCGCAAUUAGGAAGUGAGAUUCCCCACCCCAAGUCAGCGCCAUCCAAGGAAAAGGUCCCAAGAUCCCAUGCAUAUGGUUGUUACUGUAUAAGCAGUCUUUGUUUGCUUAAAAAUAUAAGUUAUCUUUCAGAAUUUUCUCUGGAGAAUGAAAGCCUUUGAA